GGUACAGAGGUGUCAGUGAAUCCUGGAAAGACACUCAACACAACGCGUUAGGAAAGUGACUUCUGAAAUUGUUCUCAUGUAGGACAAAACGAUACUUUUUCUUUUUAGCCUUGCAAUAACUUUGGUGAGCAAGGUAUAUUCCGUCGGGCCUACACGUAUCCUUGAUUUUUAAGCACAGUCUAAACAAGACUUAAGAACUUUUCCGUUUGGAAAGGUACCUUGUUUCAAGUCGAGCCAGUUGUAUUUUAUUUCUUCUUUCUUUUCAACUUUUUCUACUGAGCAAAAUGAGCAACAACCCUCUUCAGCCUUUGCCGGGACAGCAAGUGAUCCAUGUUGCGAAGGACCUUGACACGGAUCUCGAGGCACUUUUUAAUUCGGUUAUGAACCCGAAACCGAGUUCCUGGAGGAAAAAACAUUUACCCGAGUCUUUUUUCAAGGAACCCGAUUCUGGCUCCCACUCGCGACAAUCGAGCACUGAUUCGGGGAGUCACCCACCCAGACUUCCAGUGCAACAUGUACGGUCACAUUCCUCUCCUGCGUCCCUACAGCUCGGAGCGGGAGCCAUCUCAACUCCAGCUCCGGCACAUCAUGCUCAUAUACGGCAUCAGUCUUUCGAUAUUGCCGAAGAGUUACCUUUGCCCCCUGGAUGGGAGAUGGCUUAUACGGCCAACGGCCAAAAAUAUUUUCUCAAUCAUGUGGAGAAAAUCACCACGUGGCAUGACCCCAGGAAGACCAUGACAGCUGCCAUGAACCAGAUGAGUCUUCACGCUCCAAACAACUCCGCCACCAACACCAACACCACCAACAUGCAGCAGCGCUCCAUGGCUCUGUCUCAGCCCAACCUCGUGAUGUCCCACCAUCACCAGCAACACCUCCAGCACGCUCAGCAGCAGCAGCCUCAGCCCCAGGCCCAGACCAUGGGCUCGCCUGCCUCCAUGCCCCAGCAGCAGGGCACCCAGGCUGGAUUAAUGGGCAUGGCCAACAGCCUGACUGCCCAGCAACAGCACCAGCAGAAGAUGAGGCUACAGCGUAUACACAUAGAGCGUGAGCGCAUUCAGAGGCGACAGGAGGAGCUAAUGAGACAGGAGGCGGCGCUCUGUAGACAGCUUCCCAUGGAUUCAGAUAACAUGGCACAAGUGGCCCCACCUGUCAACACCACCCCCAUGACUCAGGGCACCAUGCCCACCGGUGGCUCUGACCCCUUCCUCAACAGCGGGCCUUACCACUCACGUGAGCAGAGCACAGACAGCGGUCUUGGCUUAGGCUGCUACAGUAUUCCCACCACUCCUGAGGAUUUCCUCAACAACAUGGAGGAGAUGGACACAGGGGAUAGCAUGGCACAGGGUAACAUGAAUGUGCCAGGGCAGAGCCGUUUCCCUGACUUCCUGGACUCCCUGCCGGGCACCAACGUGGACCUGGGCACCCUGGAGGGCGCUGACCUCAUGCCCAUCCUCAAUGACGUGGAGUCAGUCCUCAGCAAGAGCGAGCCCUUCCUCACCUGGCUCUAGAACUCAGGCCACAGCCAGGCACAAAAAGACUCCGUAUCCACGCUGCCUGUCUUCAAAUCAGCCAGUCA